AUGCGAACAAUUCUAAUUUCCGUGUUGAUUUUUCUGAAAAUCGGUCAAGUGACGUCACAGACGACACUGAUUGAAAUUCUCGAUUUUCCACGUGGAAAUUGUCCGUCCGUGCAACAAUGUCAGUGUGUCGACGAGUCGCGGGAGAGAAUUCAGUGCCAUUCGCCUGGUAAUUGCAACAAAAAAAAAAGAAAUGUUUGUCAAAUUUCGUAUUUUCCUUCAGACGAGUCGAACAUUCGGGAAUUGGAGCGAGUGUACGGCGCGGAAGUCCGUCACUUGGAGAUUUGGUCGUGGCAAUCAUAUUCGCUCAAUUUUGACAUUUUUGCCAAUUUCUCACGACUCGAAACGCUUCUUCUUCAAGGUAAAUUUUGAGGAAAAAUAAUUCUGAUUUUUUCCAAUUUUCAGACAGCGAAUUGGAGACGUUAAACGCUACCCUAAUCCAUGAAUCUGUGCGAAUAUUGUGGCUCCGAAACUCGGAAAUAUCGUCGGAUUCGGAAGUUUGCCACGUCAUCGCCCAUCUGCCCGCCCUUCAGAAUCUCUCGUUGAGCCGAAAUUAUUUGGAGAAAUUCGAUUGUGACGGCACCGAAACGAAAUUGAGCAUUCUCGAUUUGAGCCGCAAUUUGGUAGGAUUUUUUCAGCUGCAAAUUUCUGUUUAUCGAUUUUUUUAAAAAAAUAAACGGAACAGCGCGCAGUUAAAUUUGUGGACACAAAAAUUUCAACAAGUAUCUUUACAGAUUUCGCAUGUGGAACUGCCGGAAAGUGUGAAAAAUCUGGACAUUUCUGGAAAUCGUCUCACUUCAAUUCAGAAUAUUUCCACGGAUUUGACACAUUUGGGUGAGCACUCGACUGUUAUCACUGUAAAUUUUCAAUUAUUUCAGACAUUUCGUACAAUCGGAUCUCCUCGUGGCCCGAAUCUCCGGAAGACGUGAAAUUUCCGAAUCUGAAGCACUUGUCGGCGGCGAAAAUGUCCGUGAAAACGGGAUUUCAUCUGGAAGCGCCCCUCCUCGAAUCGAUGAAUAUCGACGAGACGGCACUCGAAUUUCUCGAUUUUCAUCGUCUCAAAAUGCCCAAGAUUAAGAGGUUUGUAUUGGUGGAACAUUUGCUGUAGCUUGAUUUCCACAAAAAAACAAUCUGAUUUUCUCCAGAAUUUCCGCUCGAAACCUGAUAGAACUCCGACACAUUUCCGGAAAUUUGCCGUCGGCUGUGAAGAACGUGGCGAUCACGGAAACGCAAUUGAGAACACUUCCCGCCAAUUUCUUCCCGAGGUAACGCCGUUUUUCCCUAGUUUUCACACUCUUACGUUUCUCAAUUCAUUUCUGGCUUUCCAGUCACUCUCUCUCUUUUUUUGCAGCUCGGUCUACCCGAAGUCCCCGUUGGCAGCGGCUCCGAACCGUCCGACCGUCUCGUUUUCGUCGAAGAACAUCCUGUGCGAGCCGUGUCUUCUCCAGUGGUCCCUGCCGGUUUUCGAGCAGUCCGGAGUCGGACAAUUGUGCAAUUUGACAAGGUUAUCCUUUUUAGACAUUCCACUCAGAAAAUCACUAAACUGCUCCCAAUUCCAGGCCGGAAAUCGCAUUGUCCGAGUGCAGAGUGGGCGUGAAAUGGAACGGAACGGGAAUCGAGUACGGAAAAUACGAGCGUCCGACGGCUCUCUCGUGUUUUGCGUACGGAAGUCCGGCGCCCCGAAUCACGUGGUUCCGAUAUCGUCCGUCCGAAAAACUGGGAACGUAUGACCCGCAAACCGACAGUAUCGACUAUUCAAAUGUGUCCGCAGAGAUGAGGGAAAGGUAAAAACUGAGAAAAAAAACCCGUUUUGUCCGUACAUUUCCAGCUAAAAUACACCGUUUUUUUUUGUUGCAGUUACUCUAUCCAAUCGGGCGGUUCUCUUCUGAUUCACUCGCCGAAUCGGUCGCACGUCGAAAGAUACGUUUGUGUGGUCGAAAACGCGCACGGAAAGGAAUACGGCAUCUACUUGUUCAGGUCGGUUUUUGAAAAGAGCACAGGCGUGGGCGUACGAUCAAUUGCAUAGCGAAAGAACGCGGGGAGGCGCGCGAGAAAAACGGUUUGCGCGCCAAAAAGAAAAUCGCUUCUCCAGCUUAUUCAAAAUGCAAUAUCGGUUUUUGCAGACUCGACUACCUGGACUGGUACGGCUACGACGUGUUCCACUCGGUGUUCUGGGGCGGUCUCGCCUGUUCGCUCAUCGUUUGCCUCAUCUCGUUCCUGCUCAACAUCACGUGGAUUCUGACACGCAAAAGUGCAUUGUGGUGGAUUCAGAGGUUCGCCUAACACUGAAAAAUGUGCUAAAAAUCGUGUUGUUGCAGAGCGGAGCGUCUGUCGCGAGUGCGUAAAAUGGUGGAGGCGAUGGAGAAGUACCGUGUGCGGCAGAUGGAGUCCCUCCACGAAAAGUACACGAAACGGGUGCAGAUUGUGCGCGACAACUACCACCAACAAGUGGAGGCGCUGCGAGUGUCCUACGCCGCCCAGCACGAGAAGUUCCAGAACUACAGGGCCGCGCAAGUCGACGCGGUUCACUCGCAUCUCGACGCGAUGAGAGACGGGUACAACAAUCAGCUGGGACGCGUCCGCGAGUACGGAUCCAAGCGCGCCGAGCAAUUGUGGGAGAGCUACGAGCGACAGGUACACCCGAAUGUUUUUUUUGGAUUUUCUAGAACGUUCCAAAAACGCGAAAAAUGAUUUGUGUCGUAGGUGAACCGAAUGCGCACGUUCUCGCUCCAACACCGUCUGAAAAUGAUGCGACAGUACAAAGUGAAGCAGCGAUACGUCAACAAACUGCUCGAAUCGUUCCAGGCAGGAUCUUCGGAAGUCGAUCUCGAAAAUGUACGGCUGUUCUUGUGCUCUUACGGAAAACUCUGCAUUUUUUCCAGGAAGAAAAAGUGCGCGCCGCUCUGGAGAUCCCGGACGAUUUGGCGACGAUCGACGGGGGACUGGACACUCCGUCCCGCCUCUCGAGGAGCUCCUCGUUCCACAGUCUGCCCGAAUACGUAAUCGACGAGCAGGGAAACGUUCGGCCGGGCAUCAUUCCAUCUUCUACCGCCUCCAUCAGGUAAAAAAGACUCAAAGCACCAAAAAAAAUGAACCGCCUGAAUUUUCCCAAAUUUCAGAUUCUCGACCUCAAAACCAUCGAGUUCGACCAGUGGAGCCGGUCCCUCAUCGCCACGCCGAUCGGGAGCACCACCCGCGAAGCGUCCGUUCCCUGAAUCUCCAGAAGACUGA